GGUUGAAAGGUCAUAUUACCCGCUUCAUUUGAAUAAGUUCAAAACACGAAGAAGGGAAAAAAACAAAGACAAAGAAGCGCAGUUUUGCGCAACACCGACGACUAGUCGUUGCCCUCGACAGGUGUGUGUGUGUGUGUGCGUGCGUGCGUGCGUGCGUGCGUGAGGUUCAACAGGUUAUUUGGAGGAUCGCUGAGGAAGAUGACGAUGAUUGAGAUCAAGAUGUGCCCAAAGCGUGCUAUCUAGCGGCCGGCAUGGACUCCAGGCUGCUGAUUGGCUGGCAGCGGGAGAGGGCGGAGCUCCGGGAGGAAGUGCGCCUGCUGCAGGAGGAGCUGGCCGAGAGUCGCGCCGAGCGGGAGGAGCUGGCGUCCAGGGCCAGGGCGCUACGUGAGAGGCUAGAGCAGCCAGUGUCUCCCUCGCUCAGCCACAGCCACCGUGCGGAGGAGGAGCAGUGCGAGAUGAGGAGGCGCAACAGGGAAGCCCGGGAAAGGGAGGCCCGACAGGCGCUACUUGUACACCGGCUACAGAACAAGGUGAUGGAGUACAGGGAGCGAUGUCAAAGUUUGGAGUUUCAACUGAAGUCAGAACACGGCCAGCUGAUAAACACACAGAUGAGUAUGAGAAGGGACACUUCUGAGUCGUUGGAGAGCGCCCUCAUCAGCCUGGAGGAGGAACAACAAAGGGCAGCGGGCCUGGCCCAGACCGCCUCCGUCCUGCGCCUGCAGCUCAGCCAAUCGGAGCAGGCCAGCGACAUCCUGAGAGAUGACGUCCGCAAGCUGACGUCCGAUUUGAAAAGAGCUCUGGAGGAGGCGGAGCGGCGAGCGUCCCGUUGGCAGAAAGAGCGAGAGUGUGCGUCAAGUGAGAUGGCGCAGCAUCAGGAUCAGCUGUGGUGCGUGUGGAGGCGCAUAAUGUCGCUCAGACAACAUUGUCGCGCCGUCAGGACCGCCGCAGACAGGGAUCUGUUGGAGAUGAGGGAGGAGUUGUGCCGCGUGCGCUUAUUCCUUCAGUCCAGCUGCGACUCGGCCUCUUUGGACCUCAUCAAAAUGUACCGGCCGCCGCCUUCGUCCCUCGCCUCCUCCUUGGUGGCCCCCCCCUCCUCCUCCAGUCUCGGGACCUUCACUGUGGGAGAAAUGCUGGAGGCCGAGCCAGAGGACAGGAUGCGGGACAGCGAGGGCUCGCUGGAGGUUGUGGCUCAGGCUGUCGGCAAGCUGUGCGGCGUGUUGAAGGCGAGCGCCCCGUUGCAGUCCGUCCUCGGUCGGGACUCGUCUUCCCUGCUGUCGGUUCUCUCGCAGACGGAGAGCGCCGUGCAAUGGAGACAGCAGGAAAUGCAGAGGGCGGAGCAACUGCAGGAUGACACCAGCAAACUGCACAAACAACAAGACGCGCGCACCGCCGGCAGCUGUUACUGCAGGCAGCAACAGCUGGUGGAGGCGGAGCUACGCAUGAGGGAGGAGGAGCUCUGUAAGGGAGAAGCGGAGCUUCGCAGCAAGGAGGCCGAGCUCCAAAAGAUAAAGGAGGCGCUGCGGUGGGAGGAAGAGGAGGUGCCGGGCAAGGAGGCGGCGCUUCACAGGAGAGCUGGGGAGUUGCGGAAACACGAGGAGGAGCUACUGGAGCGAGAGGACGAGGUAGACAAGAGAGAGGAAGAGGUGCUAGCCAAGGAGGCGGCGCUACACAAAGGUAAGGAGGAGCUGCAGGAGAGAGAGCAGGAGGUUCAGAAGAGGCAAGAGGAACUACAGACCAGAGAGGAGGAUGUGCACAAACGACAGCAGGAGCUACACAAGAGAGAGGAGGCGCAUAAAGGACAGGAAGUACUAGACAAAAGAGAGAAGGAGGUCCUAAAAAGGGAGCAGGAGCUACAGGAGAAAUGGGAGGAGGUGCAGAAGAGAGAAGAGGGGUUGCAAAAGACUGAAGAGGAGGCAGAUCAAGGAGAGGAAAUGCUAGAUGAAAGGGAGCAGGAGCUACAGAUGAACCAAGAGGAGUUCCAGAAGAGAGAGGAGGAAUUGCAAGAAGAACUGGAGGAGGUGCAGAAGAGCAAGGAGGAGCUGCAGAAGAGUUUUGACGCCGAGCUGCUGCAAAGAGAACGCGUCGUCCGAGAUGUGAAGGGGGCGUUGGAGCGAGAAGAGCUGGCCAGGGUGAGAGCAGAAGAAGAAGCGGCGGCCGUCAGAGACUCCCUACUUAAGCGCUCCUCCCAGCAUGCCUCGGUGCUACAGGAGCUGAAGGAGGCGCAGGAGCAGCUGCAGCUGGCGUCCGAGGAGAUGGCCAGGAUAGAACGUGUGCACGAGGAGCAGCGGCGAGAGAGCGGGAGGCUGCGCGAGGCGCAGGACGCGAUGCACAGACAGCGGGAGCUCCACCAGCAGGAGGCGCAGGAGCUCCGGAGUCGCUCGGCAUCCCUCCAGGAGCAGCUUGAGGAGCAACACACGCAGCUGUCGCACGCCAACCUGGAGCGCAGCCACCUCAGCGCAAACGUGCGCACCCUGCAGGAGGCCAAGGAGGCGCUCAGUGGCGAACUCCGAUGUCUACGGGAGGAGCUGUGCAGAAUCACCUCCAAAAAGGAGCACCAUCAGACGGAGAAAGAGGAGGCCUGGAAGACAGAGAAGGAGCAGCUAAGGAAGGAGUUGGGAACCAAAGACGGGGAGGUGGACGCUCUGAGGAGGCGCGUGGAAGGCCUACAGGAGGAAAUAAAGGAACAGGAGGAGGUGGCGUCCAAGGAGAAGAAAGCUCUGGUAGCAGAAGGAGAAAUGAUGCAACUGGAGGAGGAACAAAAUAUGAAAGAGUUGGAGAGCCUGAGGAGGCGCAUGGAAGUGUUACUGAAGGAGCGGGAGGAGCAAGUAGCGCAACUGACGAAGGAGUUAGGAACAAAAGACGGGGAGAUGGAGACUCAGAGGAGGCGCGUGGAAGGACUACUGGCCGAAAUGAAGGAGCAGAAGGAGCAACUCGGGAAGGAGUUAAGAGCAAAGGGUGAGGAGAUGGCGACCCUGACGAGGCGCAUGGAAGGCCUGCAGGAAGAAAUAAAGCAGCAGGAAGAGGCCGCGUCUAAGGAGACGAAAGCGCUGGUGGCAGAAGGAGAAAGGAAGAAGUUGGAGGAGGAAGCCAUAGCGAAGCAGUUGGAGACCCUGAGGAGGCGUGUGGAAGUGCUACUGAAGGAAAUGAAGGACCAGGAGGAGCAGACGGAGCAACUCAGGGACGAGUUGGCAAUAAAGAACGAAGAGCUGGAGACCCUGAGGAGGCGCGUGGAAGUGCUACUGAACGAAAUGAAGGAGCAGGAGGAUCAGGUGGAGCAACUCAGGGACAGGUUGACAACAAAGAAUGAGGAGUGGGAGACCCUGAAGAGGCGUGUGGAGGAAUUGAAAGAGGAGCAGCUCAGGGAGGCGCAGAAAGCUGUGGUGGCAGAAGAAAAAAAGCGACUGGAGGAGGACGCAAAGGGAAAGGAGGAGCUGAGGAGGGAGCAGCAGACAGAGUUGCUCCACUCUCGCAUCACGCAGCUGGAAAAGGAGAAGGAGAAGGCGGAGGAGCUUAAGGAGGCGCACAUGAGGGAAGUCCGGGAGAAGGAGGAGGAGCUGCGGCGAGUUGGAGAAGGCCUGAGGUUGGCAGUGCUCCGGCAGGAGGAGCAAACCGGCGAGCUUCGGGAGGCCGAACGAAAGCUGAAGGAAAAGGAGGUCAGAGCGGAGGAGCUGGAGCUCCUGCUCGCAGAAGCGCAGUGGAGGAGCGACAAGGAGGAGGCCCGGAAAACUGUAGAGCAGGAAUGGAGGGAAAAAGCUGAACGGGAGGCUGCCAAGAUCACGCGCGAGCUGAAGGAGCGGGAGCAGGAGGUGGUGAAGCUGGAAAGUAUGCUGCAAGAGCAGGAGGAGGAGGAGCAGCAGUUGAGAAGCGCACAGGAGAAGCGGAACGAGGAGGAGGUCCAGAAGCUCAGAAAUGUGCUGGAGAAGCAAAAAGAGGAGAAGGAGGAGGAGGUCCGGCAAGCAAGUAGCAUGAAAGAGGAGCGAGUGGAGGAGGUCCAGAAGCUCAGUAGCAUGCUGAAAGACCGGGAGGAGGAGGUCCAGGAGCUUAGAAGCUUGCUGCUGAAACAAAAAGAGGAGGAGGAGCAAGAGGUCCAGCAGCUGAGUAGAGUGAAGGAGGAGCGAGAGGAGGAGUUGCAGAAGCUGAAACGUGUGCUGCGGGAGCGGGAGGAGGAGGUCCUGAAGCUCAGGAGCAUACAGGAGAAGCGAGAGGAGGAAACUCACAAGCUGAGAAUGGUGCUGCAGGAGCAGGAGGUCCUGAAGCUCAGGAGCAUACAGGAGGAGCUGGAUGAGGAGGUGCAGGAGCGAAAAGAGGAGGAGAUCCAGCAGCCAAUUAGAGAGGAGGAGAAGGAGCGAGAGGAGGAGUUGCGCAAGCUCAAAGGCAUGUCAAGAGGGCAAGAGGAGGGGAAGGAGGAGGCCACGAAACUGAGAAGCUUACAGGAAAAGUUUGAGGAGGAGGUCCAGAAGCUCAGUAGCAUGCUGCAAGACCGUGAGGAGGAGGUUCAGGAGCUCAGAAGCUUGCUGCAGAAACAAAAAGAGGAGGAGGAGCAAGAGGUCCAGCAGCUGAGUAGAGUGAAGGAGGACCAAGAGGAAGAGUUGCAGAAGCUGAAACGUGUGCUGCGGGAGCAGGAGGAGGAGGUCCUGAAGCUCAGGAGCAUACAGGAGAAGCGAGAGGAGGAGACUCACAAGCUGAGAAUGGUGCUGCAGGAGCAGGAGGUCCUGAAGCUCAGGAGCAUACAGGAGGAGCUGGAUGAGGAGGUGCAGGAGCGAAAAGAGGAGGAGGUCCAGCAGCCAAAUAGAGAGGAGGAGGAGGAGUUGCACAAGCUCAAAAGCAUGUCAAGAGGGCAAGAGGAGGAGAAGGAGGAGGCCACGAAACUGAGAAGCUUACAGGAAAAGUUUGAGGAGGAGGUCCAGAAGCUCAGUAGCAUGUUGAAAGACCGUGAGGAGGAGGUUCAGGAGCUCAAAAGCUUGCUGCAGAAACAAAAAGAGGAGGAGGAGCAAGAGGUCCAGCAGCCGAGUAGAGUGAAGGAGGAGCAAGAGGAAGAGUUGCAGAACCUGAAACGUGUGCUGCGGGAGCGGGAGGAGGAGGUCCUGAAGCUCAGGAGCAUACAGGAGGAGCUGGAUGAGGAGGUGCAGGAGCAAAAAGAAGAGGAGGUCCAGCAGCCAAAUAGAGAGGAGGAGGAGCGAGAGGAAGAGUUGCACAAGCUCAAAAGCAUGUCAAGAGGGCAAGAGGAGGAGAAGGAGGAGGCCAUGAAACUGAGAAGCUUACAGGAGAAGUUUGAGGAAGAGGUCCAGAAGCUGAAAUGUGCACUGCAGGAGCGGGAGGAGGAGGUCCAGAGGCUGAGAGAGGUGCAGUGGAGACAUCCCGAAGGGAGGAGGCAGCAGCAAAACAGUCCUGAAGAAGAGGAGCAGAAGGAGGCCGUAGUGGAGGUGCCGGGGGAGGGGGACGAGUCGGAGAACGGCGGGCCGGAUAAUCAAGUGACAAGGGUCAGGGAGGAGGUGCAUGCAGCUCAGGAGGAGCUGAUGAGGACCAAAGAAGAGCUCUCCAUUCUAAGAGAGGAGGUCCGCAAAGAUGAACGGCUGAAGCGAGAAUCACGGGAGGAGUUACGGCGGCGCGAGGAGGAGGCGGUGCUCCUCGAAGCGGACGUGAGGGCCAAAGAGGAGGAGAAGGAGGAAGCGCAGGAGAAGCUGCUGAGGACUGAAGAGGAGGCCGAGGCUCUCAGGGAGGCUGUGAGGAGGGAAGCCACGAGGCGCCAGGAGGUGCAAGAGGAGCUGAGAGGAGCGCAGAACAUGCUACACGACAUGGCGCGCAACUUCCGGGCCCUGCAGGAACAGGUCAACGACAGCCGGGGGAAGGCCAGGGACGAGGAGGAGGAGGCGACGGGGACGCUGCGGAGACUCCUGCAGGAGAGCCGUGAGGAAGAGGAGCGUCUCAGGAGCGCCCUCGAGAAGGAGCGGGAGGUGGCGGAGGCGUGCGAGACCGACCGGGACGGAGGACCUGAAGUCCGAGGCGAGGAGCGGGGGGAGACGAGGAGCAGAGAGGCAGGAGAACGGCGGAGCACCGAGGAGGAAGAGAGGUUGAGGCCGGAGGAAGAGAGGAAGUUCGAGGAGGAGAAGAGGUGCCGUGAGGAGGAGUAUUUGACCACAGAGGAGGACAAGCGGAAUGAAGAGAAUAGUUGGAGGACACUCCAGGAGGAGGGGCAGAUGCUGGAGGUGGGCCGUGAGAGGAGGUGCAUUUGGGACGAGAGCAAAAGCAGUCCGAGGAGCUCUGAGGAGGAGCAGGAACACUUGAAGGAGGAGGAGCCGAGGAGGCGGCACAGGCGAACGCAGGCUCGGGUGGCGAGGCCGAGGCAGGACGAGGAGCAUCCCCGCCGGGCUCCGGGACGGCCCGAGGCCGAGCCGGCGGUCUACGGGGAGCGGUGGCGGCGGCGCGACGGGGGCGGAGCUAGACUGCUGCUGCUGCAGAGUCGCGUGGCUCGCCUGGAAAUCAAGCUGGAGCGCGCGCACAACAAGAAAGUCAAACUGAAAGAAAACAACAACAAACUCAAGAUGGAAAGAGGCGCGCUCAGACAGGCGAGCGACCUGCACGUGUCAAUGUCACUGGAUGGCCACCAGCGGGCGCCGGCUGUCCAUCCUCCCCGCAGGCAACGCGGCGGCGGCGGGACGCUCCAUGAGGAUCUCAGCCAAUCGCUGGCCGCCGUCACGCUACGUCCGAUGACCGCUUCCGUCUUGCGGGUCGAGACGCAGCGAUUGGACCGCAGCCUGAGGGAGGAGGAGCUACGCCUGGCAUUCGACCUUUCGUGACGCGAGCAAAGUGUUGUUUGAGGAGAAUUUUGAAAAACAAUUUUUCCUACAUUAAUUUGGACAACAUCACGUAACAGUCGUCCUCAACUGUAUGUGUCAUUUUCAUAUCAAUCAGUAACGAUGAAGAUGCGGCACACUGAAUUUCCUUUUGAAAAUCAAUUCAUUUCACUGAUAUGAGUAGUUUAAUUAUUGCCAGUUGUUGGCAUUCACACGGCAAUCAUUGUUUCUGAGAUGAAAAUUUUUUCAAACUUUAAUGCCAAAAUGAAGUUUGAUGAUUUGCAGCAUCUUUUUCCAUUUCCUUUUUUGGAUAUAUCGGAUUUUUCUCCUUUUGCUUAAUUUGCCCUUUCAACGAAAAGGAAUGCAAACACUACUCUGCUAUUAUUAUUAUUAUUAUUAUUCUGCUUCUUUUACAACCAUCGCCGGAGCUGUGUUUAGCGUUAAUGUGACUCGAGAGCCUCGGGAGGUUGUCGCAAUGCGCCCGAGCAACGAAGCCGUUUCCGGCUUUUGCGAGCGUUUUGCGAGAGGCUCGUUUGAGGCCGUCAACAGCUUCGUUGUCCCAAACAAGUUGAAGACAUCUUGUUGUUCAGAUGACAUAGGCGGUGGACUGCCAUGAAAAUCUUAUUUUUACCUCAUCUUGCCGAUUGUGGACCAAAAUGUGAAAAUAAGACUUCAAGCGUGGCUUUUCAUUGUUGGAGACAAUUACACACACAAAGCCAGAGCGCCAGCAAUAAUCAUCCAUCCAUCCAUUUUGCGUAGCGCUUCUCCUCCUGAUGGGUCGCGGGCACCCUGGCGCCGAUUCAAGCUGACUCUGGGGGAGAGGCAGGGUACACCCUGAACUGGUCGCCAGCCAAUCGCAGGGCGCACAGAAACAAACAACCAUUCGCACUCGCAUUCACGCGUACGGACACUUCAGAGUCUUCAAUUAACCCACCGUGCAUGUUUUGGGAUGCGGGAAGAAACCGGAAUACCCGGAGAAAACCCACGCGGGCACGGGGAGAACAUAACAUAACACAAACUCCACACAGGCGAGGCCGGAUUUCAAUGCUAAAUGUUAAAUGGACUGCACUUAUGUAGCGUGCUAACCGGUCCUCUACCGUGCUGCCGUAAAAAAGCAAAUAAAUAAAAUAAAAUAAAAAGUGUGCCAUCUUGACGAUUUACAUGAGCUUUACGAUUUCAGUAGAUAUGAUCAAAUAUGUUGCCAAUUGAUGUGAAAUGUCACGUCUGAUUCAAGAGCCAGUUGCAGCAGUACGCCAUCAAAGUCUGGUCUCACGGCUCGGUUAGGGUUCUCGAAAAUGGGCUUGGGUUUCCAGUUUGGUUUAGAGGAGUUUUACGUUAUGUUGUUUAUGUAUUUUAGAUUCCGGUUUUUUAAAGUAGGGUUUCAAAUUAGGCUUUUGAAGUUUGGGUAAAAAUUUAAAAAUAGGGUUCAGCUUUAGUCACUGAUGCUGUAGUGGUGCACUCGCCUGACUUUGGUGCGGGCAGCGUGGGUUCAGUUCCCACUCAGUGACGGUGUGAAUGUGAGUGCAAACGGUCGUCCGUGUCUAUAUGUGCCCUGCGACUGACUGGCGACCAGUUCAGGGCGUAGUCCGCCUUUCGCCCGAAGUCAGCUGGGAUAGGCUGCGGCGCCCCGCGACCCUAACCGGGAUAAGCGGUGUUGACAAUGGACGGAUGGAUGGAUGGUUCAGCUUUACUAGUCAUCAUUUCCUUUGUUUAACCGGGUAAGGCAAUUGAGAGCAGUUUCUCACGUACAAUGCUGACCUGGAAGCCAUUUCGAGUUCGUCUUGCCCGAGGACACUUCAACAGCAGCCGGUCGCAGCCGGGAUUAGAACUGCAGACGCUUCGGCCGCUAGACGAUGCGCUCCCCGAACCGCUUCACGGGUUAGUUGGACGUUAAAGCCAUGGUUAGAGUGUCGUAGUAGGGUUGCGAGUUGGAAUCUGCGUUUUAAGCCAGGCUUCGGGUGGGCUGUGUGUCCAUUUUCAAAAUCAAAAUCCUCGUCUUCAUUUGGCCAGUUGUUUAAAACAAAAACAAAAACGUGUGUACACGUGAUAGCCGGUUAUUACAUAAGAUACAAAUAAAAAAACUUUGGUGUCUCCGUGUACUCGCAAGAGAGAUUGCGUCCACACGUGGACAUUCCCGCUCUGGCGGGAAACAAACGCCAGUCGUUUGUUUUGCUUCUGGGAGCAAAGUGACAAGUUGACGGGAAUGAUGGGAAUGCAUCCUCCGCGGCCUCUCUCGCCGUAUCCCACAAUGCAAUGCGACUUCUCUACAAAACUCUCCGCUGAGAUGCGAGCCUCUCCCUUGUCAAACAGCAGCUAAAUACCGGACCUCGAUAGUUCCUAAAAUGGCCACUGAAAAUCCCAACGGAGUGAGUCGACAAAGAGCGAGUGACUCAAUCAGCGAAACAAUCAAGUUGAUCAGUUUGAACAUGAAAGAUCUUGUCUUUGUAGUGUAUUCAAUUCAAUAUAGGUUGAACAUGAUUUGCAAAUGAUUGUAUUGCGGUUUUAUUUAUGUUUAACAAACACAACAUCCCAACUUUAUUGGAAUUGGAGUUGCAAAAGUACGUGAACAUACCUCAAGCGAGCCUUAAACGAACGUCCUCUCCCGUCCUGAGCACCAGUGACCACCAACACACGUCUUUCUCCAUUUUUUUCUUAUAAUGCAGUCGGCGCGAUCCACUCUUGUUGUCCUCGCCAUGGUAACGAGUGUAUCCGGACGCACCGAGAUGGCGCCCACCCGUCUGGACGCCUCGGUUACGCGCUCUCUAGUAUUGCUUUUGUUUUUGUGUUUUUCGUUCGUCUUUGGAGACAUUACACGACUCGCUUACACAAGGGGAGACUUGCUAACCAUCAAGGAGGCUACUCCGGACUUUCUUUCACCAACUUUCGCAAAUCCGCUCAGUUUUUUCCCCCCCCCCGAGUUACUCACCGGAGCGGCGACCGCGGUCUAAAAUGCUAAAUAUCGGCCGAUACCGAUCAGGCCGAUCAGAUCGGUGUAAAGUCUAGUCGUCCUGUCCCUGCAGCUGAAAAACACCCCACGGCAUGAUGCUGCCACCACCGUGCUUCACUAUUGGGACUGUAUUGGACGGGUGAUGAGCAGUGCCUGGUUUUCUCCACACAUACCGCUUAGAGUUAAGGCCAAAAAGUUCUCUUGGUCUCAUCAGACCAGAGAAUCUUAGUUCUCACCUUCUUGGAGUCCUUCAGGUGUUUUUAGCAAACUCCAUGCGGGCUUUCAUGUGUCUUCCGUCAGGCCGCUCUGCAAUCAAGCCCCGACUGGUGGAGGGCUGCAGUGAUGGUUGACUUUCUAGAACUUUCCCCCAUCUCCCGACUGCAUCUCUGGAGCUCGGCCACAGUGAUCUUUGGGUUCUUCUUUACAUCUCUCACCAAGGCUCUUCUCCCCCGUUUGCUCAGUUCGGCCGGACGGCCAGCUCUAGGAAGGCUUCUGGUCGUCCCAAACGGCUUCCCUUUCAGGAUUACGGAGGCCACUGUGCUCUUAGGAACCUGAAGUGCAGCAGAAUUUUUUUUGUAUCCUUGGUCAGAUCUGUGCCUUGCCACAAUUCAGUCUCUGAGCUCUUCAGGCAGUUCCUUUGACCUCAUGAUUCUCAUUUGCUCUGACGUGCACUGUGAGCUGAAAGGUUUUAGAUAGACAGGUGUGUGGCUUUCCUAAUCAAGUCCAGUCAGUAUAAUCAAACACAGCUGGACUCCAAUGAAGGUGUGCAACCAUCUCAAGGAGGAUCAGAAGAAAUGGACAGCACCCGAGUUAAAUAUACGAGUGUCGCAGCAAAGGGUCGGAAUUGUUAUGGCUGUGUGAUAUUUUUUUAGUUUUUCUUUUUUAAUAAAUCUGCAAAAAUUUCAACAAUUCCUUUUUGUUCUGUCAAUAUGGGGUGCCGUGUGUACAUUAAUGAGGAAAAAAUGAACUAUAAUAUUAACUAUAAUAUAAUAAAGAGUGACAAAUUUAAGAGGGUCUGAAUACUUUCCGUACCCACUGAUGAUGGUUCCUAAAAUGUCCACUGAAAAUCCAGCCUCGUGAUUCGGGAGUCGGGAUUGAUUCCAGAUCCCCGAAUCACUUUUCAUUGGGAUUUUUAGAUCGUGGACUACGUAGUUGAAUCUCGGGCUGAAACGAUGACUCGAAUACUCCUUAGCCACUAUCGAGGGUUUUUUUAAUAUUGUGGACAAUGUAUCUCAGAUGGCGGCACGGCGUGCGACUGGUUAGCACGUCCGCCUCCCAGUUGGGAGGUUGCGGGUUCAAAUCCGGCCUGGCCUGUGUGGAGUUUCCAUGUUGUCCCCGCCUGCGUGGCUUUUUUCCGGGCACUCCGCUUUCCUCCCACAUCGCAAAAACAUGCGCGCUAGGUUCAUUGAAAACUUGAAAUUGCCCGUAGGUGUGAACGUGAGUGCCAAUGGUUGUUUGUUAAUGUGUGCCCUGCGAUUGGCUGGCAACCACUUCAGGGUGUACCCGGACUCUCGCCCGGAGUCGGCUGGGAUGAGCGCCGGCACGCCCGCGACCCGCCUGAGGAGAAGCGCUAUGGAAAAUGGAUGGAUGGAUCGAUGUAUCUCAGAUCAUCUUUUCCAAUUGAAAUGAAUGGCAAUGCCAUUCAUCCCUUCCGUUCUGUUUUUUUCAUGAGGAAAAUAGCACCUUCUAAUGUUGUACUUCAGCAAAACGUACAGUAAUGACAUCAUUGUGUAGAAGUAAGAAGAAUUCAACAGUUUUCGUCACAAUACGUCAGUUGAAUGCCGCUCCUUCUGGUCCAAGGCGGGCACCCCGGACCCGACUGGAAAAUCACUACAAAGGGAUUUACAAAUGGAUGGUCCGUUUUCGGGACCAUCUAGGUCCACUAUAUAAUAUAGCAGCUGUUUCACAAGGGAGAAGCUUGGAGCUUAUCUUUGAUAUGCUAAUGAAUAUGCAAAUAAACGUGUGCAGAAAGUAAAGCGGGUCGCGGGAAGUGGAUUCGGGCUCACGCUUGUCUACGCUUUGUGUUGCCGGGCAGAUUUGGGAGGACACAAUGUGUUAGUUGAUGCUCACUUCUUAUUACUCGUCGGAUUUGCUUGUUUUUACCUGAAAAAAAAAAUGCAGUCUUUGGAAUCCCAGUUAUGUGAUCCUUUUUUCUUUUUCUACAGUAAACCCGGCCUUCUUUUGCAGCUCGGCGCAGCAGGAAGAAACCGAUUCUUGCUGGGGGAGUUUGGUCGUGUGACUCGCUGAGGACAGCAAAAUGGAGCAAACAUUUGGAACAUGAACAAAGUUGCAGUGUCGUCCAUGCAUGUUGCUCAUGUUGAAUUUCAAGCGAUUUGCAAUCUGGGUUCAAGCAAAUUUCUCUCACAAUGCAACACUUCACUUCCUCAAUUGGACAAUUCAAGGGAUGAAGACGAGGAUGAGGAGGACGCCAGCGGGACCUGCUGUGACGUGGCUCCGAGGCGUUGCCGUGGUAACGGGCCAACCUUUCCCAGCAACGAGGAGAACACGCGCGAAGGCGGUUUUUCAAAACGCUCGACGUCACAAACUUUACAAGCUCGUGCUGAUGUUCGCCUUCUCCCCUCGAACGUCUGCCUGCUUGCGUUGGCGUGCACGUGCGUGUGCGCGCGCAAUUCGGUUCAAUAUGUCCCAGAACUGUCACGUUGCCUGUGUGUGUGCGUGUGCGUUGUGUUCCCAGAGCAAAACGUUGGCUUGACAGACCCAUUGAUGACCUGGAAGGGGUGGGCGGGGCUUCAGUGUGACAUCACAACAACUGAAACGAUCUUAAAACAAAACGAGGAUGCCGCUUCCUUUGACCUUGACCUGUACUGCCGGACAGCGCGCACACGCGGUGGCUAGUCAAGUGUGCGCAUGUCAUUAAAACAACAACACAGACACGACAUAUUUAAUAAAACGAGCAGGAAACAGCCGGCGACGACGUCCCGCUUUUCAACCUAAAGUCGGCCUCGGAAUGCGUUUGCAAAGACUUGCCGUCGGCGGCCGGGACGCACGCAAGAAACCAAACGCUUUCGAGGCAAAGUUUGGCCGGCCGAGUUAACCGACCUACCGCUUCCUGGAACCGGCCAAACCAACCGGUCACUUCCUGGGAAAGGUCACAACAUGGACACGAGGAUGAAGACGAGGGAGACCGGUGUCAUUUUUUCCCGCAUGCUGGUUGCCGUAGCAACAACAUCUGCUGAGUAAAGGUCAACUCGCAUGACCACGAUGACCGCCUCCUGUCCGCUUACAGCCAGAGACGUGACCUUCGGUUGACCGGGAUGGUUGCCAGGCAACGCCCAAAGACAUGGGCCUGUGUGCGAGCGCAGAUGAAGGAGGAUGAAGAGCAAAAUUCACACCCACAAUUGGGGAUGAGCACCUCGCCUCCACGAAAGAUGCACAGUCAGCAAACCCACACACACACACACACACACACACACACACACAUGUACAUGUGCCAGCUUAUGUGCAACUUGCCCAUAAUAGCAGAACAAUAUGUUUCAGAUUUUUUCUGAAAAAGCUUGUAAACUUCUGAACAAAGUGUACGAUAUUGUUUUUUAGCAAACUACUUCCAUAGAAAAAUAACCAACAAUCAGAGUGAGGGGGAAAAAAAAUAAUUGUAUGACCAAUUUACAACCAAAGGUUGACAAGUGGUUGAAAUAAAUAUUCCCACACUUUUAUAUAUAUUUGUGUGUACAUAUGUAUACAGAUACUGAACAAAAUUGUCACCAGGGUGUUCGUAAGGUAACAAACAUUGACAGCAGGUGUGCGUACCUCUGCCAGCCACCGGGGGCAGCAGUCUCCAUAAUGCCGAACAUCAUCGCGGUGAGCAGCAGUCGAAACAAGACAACAACAAAACAGCCAAACUUCGUAAAAUCCUCUUGUCAAUACCGACAUUCAUUUUGAAAACGGGAAUAAAUCCAUGGAAAGUCAAUUAUGAAUACUUUAAUGGCACAUGUCCCAAUUCGUGGCUAUGGGCAACCAAUAAUUAAAUAAUGACAAGCAGAUCUCAUUCAAUCAAGAUUGAGGAAGGGUGAAAGGUCAAGCUUCUUUGAGGUCUGGCUGCUCGAUCGAAACCCGAGUCUAACCCAAUCAAAUGGAUUCCGACCGAAACGGACCAGAGGAGGCGGAGUCAGACGCCCGUCGUCCUUGCCCUGCUCCGAUUGGCCCUACGUGUCGG